AUGCAUCGACAGCAUAAUAGCCAACAGUAUCCUGGACAGUCAUACCCGAGUUCGCCGCAACCCCCGUACCCCGCGUCUUCUCAACCGCCUCAACCCCACCAAUAUGGACGACCAGGAAUGCCUUCCACUCCAUCUCCAGUCCCGGGUUACCAGGCUUCCUCUCGACCUCCGUACCAGCAGAAUUAUCAACAGCCUGCUUAUGGCCAACAACCGCCAGGAGCAUAUGGACAACAACAGCAACCACCGCUGCCUCAGCAGCAGCAAUAUGGAAUGCUUCCGCAACAACCUCCUUAUGGACAGCAGCCUUACAGCCAGCAGUACCUUCACAACCAGCAGCACCCUCAACAACACCAACCCUAUCCACAGAAUCAACCCCCUUACCAGCCCGGCCAAUAUCCUCCCCAAGGCCAUCCCCAGGGAGCUCCGGGUUAUCCACCCCAGGGAGCUCCGCAAUAUGGUGGCCCCCCACAACCCCCCGGGCCUCAGUUGAUCGCCGCCUAUAAGCAAAUCCUUUUGAGUACUGUUCAGGAAAAGAACCUUCAAGCAAUGUACCCCCCAAAUUCACCGGCCCUCGAUCAAAUUGCUUCACGAAUCACCAACCAGAUUGAUCAGCUCUGUGCUACAUGGCGCGUUCCCCGGGAGGUGGGACAAGACAUUAUCAAACUGGCCCUUUUCGACAUCAUCCUAUACAUCGAUGACAGCGGCUCCAUGCAAUUUGAAGAGAAUGGUGAUCGCAUCAAGGAUCUCAAAUUGAUUCUCAACCGUGUCACUUAUGCCGCUACCCUCUUCGACGACGAUGGCAUUCAGAUCCGCUUCAUGAACUCUGACGUGCAGGGCGAUAACAUCCGCGGCGAACAGCAGAUCGAACAACUCAUCAACAACAUUCAGUUUAAGGGUCUGACCCCGAUGGGAACGAGCUUGAGGAAUAAGGUCCUGGAGCCGUUAGUGCUUCGUCCAGCGCGAAGCGGUCAACUGAGGAAGCCAGUCCUGGUCAUUACCGUUACUGAUGGACAGCCUGCUGGAGAGCCGCAGGGUGCUGUAUUUGAUGCUAUUAGGCAGGCGAGCAGUGAACUGCAAUCGCUUCCCAAGUAUGGGGCUGGCGCAAUCUCGUUCCAAUUUGCACAGGUCGGGAAUGAUUUGAAGGCCCGCGAGUUCUUGAGCAAGCUUGACGAAGAGCCCGGUAUUGGUGGGCUGAUUGACUGCACAUCCAACUUCGAAGUCGAACAGGAUGAGAUGUCCCGCGCCAACCCACCCGUCGACCUAACCCCAGAACUCUGGCUCACCAAAAUGAUCCUCGGCGCCAUCGACUCCUCCUACGACUCCAAAGACGAAAAGUCAAACCAUCCCUCUAACUCCGGCAUCCGCCUUCGGCCACUACAAGGCCAAUACGGCACCCCACCACCCCAAGGCCAGUAUGGCGCCCCGCCACAACAGGUCCAGUACGGCAGCGGUGGCUAUCCGGGGGGCCCUCCACCACCUCAACAGGGCGGGUAUGGCGGCUAUCCCCCUCAGGGAGGGUACGGUCAGCAGCCGCAGGGCGGCUAUGGUCAGCAGCAACAGCCCCAGGGAGGGUACGGCCAGCAGCCACAGGGCGGGUAUGGACAGGCUCCGCCCCAGGGUGGGCAGGGAGGAUAUCCCCCGCAGGGAGGCUAUGGGGCUCCCGGACGAUAUUAG